AUGAAUGAAGAUGAACCUUUGACGUCAAACGUUAGACCUGCAACAGAUGCUUUAAUAACAAUUCGAAUAAUAAAAUCUUUUCCUUAUCGUAACGUGAAAAAUUUGGUAUUAAAAGAUAUAGAUUUAAAAGCAACAACUUCAAAACAAUUAUUAGAAUUAGUUAUCAACAAUAUAAAUUCAAAUGGAAGUUUAAGACCAUUUAGAAAUGUAAAUUACGAUUCAUUAAAAAUAUAUACAAAAGCUCAUGGAUCAAAAUCAAUGAAUUUAGUUAUAAAUUUUGAAAAUGAUGACAAUUGGACAAUUUUAAAACGAAAUAAUGAAAUUAAAAAUAAAUCCUUGUGGGAUUUGGGUGUUCAAAACGAAACUGAGAUAAGUUUAUUCAAUUGGGAUGCUUAUGAAGAAUUUAAAUCAAAUCCUGAAGAAAAAUGGUAA